CACACACACACACACACACCGCGCGCGCAUCAGGCACACGUACACAAACACACACACACCCUCCCCGCGCCCAGCGACGUCACCCUCCCGUCUCGAGAGCGACAAAUUAAAACACUGUAUAUAUAACGCGUCUUCCUGCAACACGGGGCAAGGUCAUCGGAGAGGAGCGCGGACACGCCGGCUCUCUGAACGCGGUUCACAAGCAAUAAACCGGGGUUUACAAUGCCUCCCCCAAUUGGACAGCCAACUGUGCCCCCUCCAGAUGGAGGUUGGGGCUGGGCUGUAGUGUGUGGAGCCUUCAUCUCUAUCGGCUUCUCCUAUGCCUUCCCUAAAGCCACCACUGUCUUCUUCAAGGACAUCCAGAGAAUUUUUGAUGCAUCCUACAGUCAAGUAGCCUGGAUCUCCUCUAUCAUGCUGGCCGUCAUGUAUGCUGGAGGCCCCAUAAGCAGCAUACUGGUGAACACAUACGGCUCGCGUCCAGUAAUGAUGGCGGGAGGGGUUCUGUGUUCACUUGGCAUGAUUGCUGCCUCUUUCUGCACCAGCGUCAUACAGCUCUACAUCUGCAUCGGAGUGAUCGGGGGUUUUGGUCUUGCCUUCAACCUUCAGCCAGCGCUGACCAUGAUUGGAAAAUACUUUUACAAGAAGCGUCCCAUUGCUAAUGGCUUUGCCAUGGCAGGCAGCCCCGUUUUUCUGAGCACACUCGCCCCUCUAAACCAGUACCUUAUCAACGCUUUUGGCUGGAGGGGCAGCUUCCUUAUUUUAGGGGGGCUUUUGCUGAACUGCUGCGUUGCUGGAUCUCUCAUGAGGCCUCUGCCUCAGCCUCCGAAGAAGGACAAGGACGAGGAAACCGCUGUCGUUCCGGCGACCAAGACGGAGAAGCUCACAGCCUGGGAGACGCUCAACAAAUACCUAGACCUUUCACUUUUUAAACACAGAGGCUUCCUCAUCUACCUGUCCGGGAAUAUGAUUAUGUUCUUAGGGUUCUUUGCCCCCAUUGUCUUCCUGUCUCCUUAUGCCAAAGAUAACGGUGUAGAUGAAUACUCUGCAGCCUUUCUUCUCUCCAUUCUGGCCUUUGUAGACAUGUUUGCCCGACCCUCCAUGGGCCUGCUAGCAAACUCCCGCUGGGUGCGCCCAAGGAUCCAGUAUUUCUUCAGCUUUGCAGUUCUUUAUAAUGGGGUGUGCCAUUUACUGUGCCCACUGGCUGAGGGCUACACAGGCAUGGUGGUGUACGCUGUGUUCUUUGGGUUUGCUUUUGGCAUGGUGAGUGCAGUGCUGUUCGAGACGCUCAUGGACCUGGUAGGAGCUCAGAGGUUCUCCAGUGCGGUGGGACUCACUACCAUCGUGGAAUGCGGCCCUGUGCUGAUCGGACCACCGCUGGCAGGGAGACUAGUUGAUGUCACUAAAAGCUAUAAAUACAUGUACAUCUGCUGCGGGACUGUGGUGAUCUUCGCCAGCAUCUGGCUCUUCAUCGGCAACUUCAUCAACUACCGUCUGCUGGAGAAGGAGCGCAAGAAGGAGGAGAUGUAUAAACGAACUGAGACUGAGGACCCAGACAAGGACAAGGACCGGGCAGAGGCAGAGCCUAAUACAGAAACAGAUGCUCAGGCUUCAGAGGAUCUGUGUGUGAAGGAUGAAGAAGCCAUGCAGCGGGAAACUAACAUUUAGACUUCUUCUGAGACGACGCUGCACUUAUACCCGGCCAUGUGGCCUCAGCAGGUGAGGAGAGGGUCACACUGAGGUUCACAACCCAACACUCGACUGCCAAAGCAAACCGUAACUCCUCUGAGGGGUUAAUUGGUAGGAAAGACAUUAACACUUGUAUGUUAGCAUUCAAUUAUUUGAUGUAAAUCAAGAACUGUGAAUGUAGGCCCGUAAGGGUCUGGUGGUGGAGAGAGAUGUACCGUGGGCAAAAACCCUGCAUUAUGCUGUAUCAUUAGAAACUGUUGAUACAUGAAGUCUAAUAGCACUUAGAUUUCUUGUAGCAAUACUCUGCAGAUCUUGGCUGUACAGUUUGUUUUAAAUUGCUGAUUACCAUGGACAGCAAUUUUGACUUUUUUCUUUGUACUGUUAAAAGAACAGAGAACCUGCUGACUUGAAACCUGUUCAUAAAAGAAUCAUUUACAAAAUAACUCAACAAGGAACUAAUGAGAGUUCUGCAUGGGUUCCAUUAGCAUUUACAUACAGAACUCAGCAGCUUGAGUCUUCUCUUUUCUUGGUAGAGAAAUGAUUGGUCAAAAAAGACUGUCUGUGGUAAUCAGCUGUACACUUUAGAUGAGCCAGAUAGAUAAUAGUAUAGAUAGAUAGGAUUAUUUAUUAAUUCGCUAAUUAAAGGAAAAUUCCACUGAUUUCCAAUGUUUAAGAUGUGAACACUCAUUCAGAGUGGUUUGGUGUAAAACGCUCUUUUCUGAAGAAAUACACAGCCUCAGAGUUGUUCGCAGUGGCAGUGCUAAAAACCAAAUGUUUAAGGAGUUGAAUUUCUAGUCUACUUCCAGCAGUACAAAACAUUCUGUCUGUUUUCUAAAACAGAGGCUAAAUAUUUAGACACAUACAAAUCAGACAGAUGUCCAAUUUAAAUGUUUGUAUAAAAUCUCUGUUGGUGCACCUACCGCUGUUAGAUUAUGGAAAUAUUAUCUUAUAUCCAGUUAGAUUCUUUUUUUUUUUUCUAUUUUAGGCAUUAAUUUCUUUUAUUUGUGAAGAUUAUGUAUACCAGCUGAUAAAAAACCCAAGAAAUCUGGAAUAUUAUAUAAGACCAAUUGGUACUUUUGGCAGUGUGGGCAGUGUGCCAAGUCCUGCUGGAAAAUUAAAUUCGCAUCUUCAUAAAAGUUGUCAGCAGAGGGAAGCAUGAAGUGCUGUAAGAUUUUGUGGGAAAACACUGUGCUGACUUUAGACUUGGUAGAACACAGUGGACCAACACCAGCAGAUGACAUGUCUCUCCAAACCAUCAGUGAUCAUCAGUUAAAUUUUACAUUUCAUUCGUAAAUUAAGGGAGCAGAGUCUGGAGGAAGAGUGGAGAGGCACACAGUCCAAGCUGCUUGAGGUCUAGUGUGAAGUUUCCACAAUCAGCGAUGGUUUGGAGAUCCAUCACAAAUAUAUUGCAAUUACAGAUAACUUCACCACAGAUAUCUUCAGGCACUGAAUUAUAAGACUGGCCUAUGUUUCAGUCUUAGCUGUUGUUUUUGGAUAAACAUUGGUCUAAAUUAUACUGUUUAUACUAGAGAUGCAUGAAUAGCCAUGAUCACAAACAAUGCUCCAAUACCAACAUCCGACACCACGUGCCCAGUGCACAUUGCUUGUUGCCAGCAACUUCAUCGCUCAGGUUCUAAUUAUAUAUAUCCAGUCCCAAAUCCACAGCACUGGAGAUGACACAAGCCAGAGAAUGAGAGAGAGACUGUGAGUGAGAGGCAAGUGAGUUGGGAAGCCGCCACAACAACAAAAAUACACAUACUUGUACUCGGUAUACAAAAAAAAUGAUAUCUGAUAUCUGAUAUUCCUAGUUUAAACUAUUCAUUCACGCACUGAGCGUGCACGUCGGACCAGUCAGUGUCACCUGAGACACCUGAGUUUUCUGUUGCCAAGAUAGCAAUACACCAGAAAUGUACCUGAACUCACAUCACUUCCAGACCACCAAGCCCAUCAGUGUACAUAUAUUCACAAUUUAAAUGGUGCAGGCAGAAGGUGUGAAAAUAGACUGUAGAUAUGGAGUAAGAUAGCAAUGAGCAUCGCAACGCACAGGACAUAACAUAAGACCCAAUAUGAAAGAUUUUAGGUGAAAUUUAAGUUAAUGUUACUAAUUAAUAAACAUGCAUUACUGAGUCUCAGUCCCUUGAAAAUAAAACAGUGUGAUGUUAGAUUGUGAUGUUACUUACCCCCACAAAAAGUGUUACACAGUGUUUGUAUGACAUUUAAACAAAUAUGCUGUAAACACAAAAGGUACAUUUUACUAAUACUGACCCAAUUCAAAACCUUGAUUUUUCAGAUUUCCACGAUCAGCAUCACAUGUUUAAACCCACAUAAAACAGGGAGUUUCAGUAAUAGUUUUGACUUUGGUUCAUAUUGCCAGUGUUAUAAUGAUUUCUGUGUUGUGAAGUUUCUUUAAAGUGCACAGUUUCACAUCAAACCACUCUGAUUUACUUUUUCUGCUUUUCAACAAUUUAACUAUGUGUACAUAUUUGAAAAAUCGGUUGAAUUUUCUUUUAAGAUGAAUAAUUUAGCUCAGGAAUCAGUCAGAAACACUUUCCACCUUGAAACUUUUCAGAGAAACAGAAUUCACUCUGCUGAGGAUUGAGACUUGCUGUCAUCUGAGCACUGUGUUUAGGAUUUGUUACAUGUCCAACCUCUGCAGAAUCUGAGCUGCAUUCACCAGCGACACAUCAGCCAUCCACUGCUGUAAGUUGCACGCCCAUAUCUGCUGCACUGUAAUCUAUGAUCUAGUUGAAGUUGUACUUUCAGGCCAGUGUAAUAUGGUUGAAUGUAAAUCAUCAUGCUUGUGGUUUUAUUAAGGGCCUUACAACACAUUCCUGACCAAAAUGUGGGGAAUAAAAAUACAUAUUGCUGGGUAACUACCAAAUAUAGAACCAAAUUUUAUAUUUAUAUACACUGAUGACCAAAACAUUAUGACCUCCUGCAUAAUAUGUAGUGUAUCUAUUGUUUGCCACAAAAACAGCUUCAACUCGAGCUGCGAGACCACGGUAUAUGCCUUGUGGUAUCUGACACCAAGACACGCUAGCAGAUCUUUUAAUUCCUGAUUAAUUUGUCUUUGAGGUAACUUUUUUUUCUUUUCCAACACAUCCCACAGAUGCUCAAUCAGACUGAGAGCUGCAGAAUUUGGUGUCCAGAUCAACACCUUGAACUAUUUAUCAUGUUCUUCAAACCAUUCUCAAACAAUGUUUUCAGCAGGAAAGAGAUUCUGCUGAAAGAAGCCGAAACCAUCAGGGAAUUCCAUUACCGCGAAGAGGUAAAACCCUGUUUUAGGUAGAUUAAACAUGUCAGUGUAUAUCCAAAUGAAUGCCUGAAGGACAGUACACAGCUAAAAGCAUUACAGUCCCUCCCCCAGCUUGUCUUUUUUCCACCGUGCAUUGUGGUACCAUCACUUUCCAAGUAAAUUCCUAUGACUAUGAAGCUGCCCACGUGAUAUAACAAUCAAUGGAACUUCUUCUAUUCCAAGAUCCACUGCCAGUGUUCAUUUGUUCUUUGUAAGCACUUUUGACGGUUAAACAGGGAAUAGCAUGGACACACUGAGAGGUCCUCAGCUGUAUAGCCCAAUAUAUACACUAAAUUGCCAAAAGUAUAGACUCUGCUGCAUUGUUUGUUAUGCUCUACUUAGUGCUGGGUGGUAUGACCAAAUAAGCAUAUUUGUAAGGUUACAAAUAAAGAAUUUUGCAAGGUUCUGACAGUUUCACGUUAUAUCAUGGUAUUUUUUAUUAUUAUUUAUUAUUUAUUUAUAGGUUUGUGCAUAACUGGGCUUUAAUAUAGGGUUGUGACUUACUGUACUGUUAUGAGUACAUAUAAUAUCAAACAAUAUAGCUUUAAAUUAAGGCUUUUAUUUUUACUAUGGGGUUUACUUUGUCCCAAAAAUUACACAAUAUAUGCAGAAAUCAGACUUCAUUAUCAGAAAAACAGCUGAAUAAUGUAAAUAAUAGACCUUAAAAAGAGAUACGCCGACAACUUUAACACAGCUUUUUUUUUUUUUUUUUUUUUACAAAUUUUAAUAUUUUAAAUAGUUCCAUAAACACUAUGAAUAAACCUAAUAUAUAUUUUUCAAAAUCUUUAUUGCACAAAUAAGAAAGAAGUUUAAUAUCAAUUUACAAUGUUAUUAUUUAGGCCAUUAGAGGAAUUAAAGUAUUUAAGCAGCUGUUUAUCAAUUUAUCACAAUUGCCUUGGUUUUCCACUUAAUUUAAACACAGUUAUAGUUACUCAUGUUGUAAGGUAUAACAGCAGAAGCUGCAGGAGUUCUGUUCUCAUAUUUCUGGACCGUGACCGAGUGAGGCACUGCAGAGCUGCCAGUUGCUUCUCUGGCGGCGCUCUACACUUCUACACAGUGCUCUGCAGCGCCUCUAGUGGUGUGGCGGUAUGGGAAAAACGCAUACCGGUUCCCCCGCAGUGCACCGUAUGAACUGGAAUACUGCCCAGCACUAGCUCUACUGUUCUGGAACUUAUCUUAAGGCCACAUGAAAUUUGGAGGUCUGUAGUGAUUGACACCACUUUAUAAUUUUUGAUACAUUGACAGAUUGAGUUGCUGUCAUUCCGUGUCACUUUCACUUUGUGAUAAUAGCACUAAUAGUUGACUGUGGAAUGUUUAGUAGUGAGGGAAUACCACAACUGGGCUUGUUGAACAGGUGGCAGCCUAUAACUGUGCCACAUACUGGAAUUCACUGAUCUCCUGAGAGCAAGGAAGUGAUUGAAACCUGAGUUCAAUGAUUCGGAUGGGUGAGCGAAUACUUUUGGUAAUAUAGUUAGUGCAGCAGUGUGCUACCGUAGCACUCCUCCAAUACCCAUCAUUAAACCAUCACAACCUUUGUGCCUCAUUAAGCCUGGGAUGCCCAACAUCAUAUCACCAAUUAAUGGUUUGUCUUUUCCUCGACCACUCUUAGGCUAUGUUCACAUUACCAAACCAAAAUGACUCAAAACUGAUAUUUUGCCCAAUGUUGCUCAGAUCUCAUUUUUUCAUGGCUGUGUGAACGUGACAAAUCCGUUUUUUUUUUCCAAAUCAGAUUUGAGUCUUUUACAUAUGUGCUCAUAAAUUGAUAUGUAUCUGAUCCAUGGACAUGCAACAUGAAUGUGAAAGGUUAAAUCAGAAUUCAUGCGUCUUUUUGCUGUUACACAUUACCUAUGUGCUUCUCUCUCGUACCCUCGUAUACAUCUCUUGGUGCAGCUGUGCAGCUAUAAAAAAAAAACAGCAAAAGCAAACCACCUUGUCUUUUUUCUCCUCCUCGACCUAGGUGUGUACUUCAGACCAGCUGUUUGCUCUCCACUGGAGUAAAAGAUGCUCCACAUAUGAGCUGCUAACCCAUCCAUUAUGAGUUGUCUCAUAAAUAUGAUGUGUUUUUGUUGUUUGUGAAGAAGGCAACGUUAAUACACGUAUCAGUGUGCACAUGUGAGGCGUUUUAGGGAUGGAUUUGUUCACAUUACACACAGAUACAGAUGACUUAUAUUUGUGAAUGUGAACCAUCAAGAUAGCCAAAUCUGAUCUAAGCAAAAAAAUGUGGGAUUUGAGCGUUGUGGCUUGUACUGUGAACAUCGCCUUAGUAGAUAUUCAUCACUGUUGGAGGACUCUAAAUGGUUUAGCAGACUAAGUUGCUUUUACUAUGAUCUGAGGAUUGCUGAUUUGAAUAUGAGGAAACUGCUUGCCAAAGCUAGGUCACUGUGCUGUGCUCUGAGUUCGCUGGCUUCCAACUAAUGCUGUAACAGCAGCAGUUUGAAAAAAGGAGGCAUGUGCUUGUCUUCACCCUCUUAGUGAUAGGAAGAGUCCUAAUGAAUGGGUGGGCUAAUUGGCCCCAGGUAUACACCACUGCUGCUCAGAAAUAUAUUACGAGCAUGGCAGUCUGGAAAUAAUGGAUUUGGCUCCUGUUAGAGUCGCUCAGGUCUUCACACAUGCCUGUUUCUUUCACAUCCAACUACAAGAGCCGACUGCUUGCUUACCAACAAUCUUGACAUGUUUUCUAGUGUUAUUAGAUUUAUCUGUUAUUUCUUGUCUUAAUGUUUUGGUUCAUUAGUGUAUCUAUAAUAUACCUUCCAUUGUGUAAGUGUUAAAACCUUAAACCAAACAGGGAUAUUUAUGAUACUGUAUGGGGAGUUUUAUUUUGGGAAAGAGAGGUAGAGAGAGAAAAGAGAGAGAGAGAGAGUGAGAGAGAGAGAGAGAGAGAGAGAGAGAGAGAGAGAGAGAGAGAGUGUAAAUGUAUAAAACUAAGUAUUUACAACUUAUGCUUGCCUUAAAUGUAAAGAGCGUAACUAACAACAGGUUAAAACAGUGUAUAAAGAUAUCUAUAUAUGAUGUGUAUAGAAAUGCUUAUUGAUGUAAGAUACUAAUUAACCUACUAAAUUAAGAAAUAAUAAGAAAUUAGGACAUGUGAUAAAGGUUUAAUUUAAAUGCACUUAUUGUUGGGAUGCAUUAUAUUUUGUAGUAACUAAUUGAAGGAAACUUCUGUACUUGAAUGACAUUUCAUUUUUCUUUUGUAAAUCAUUUUAUAAAUGUCAUGGCCAAUUAAGUAUUCUGUUCUGUUCUUUUUUUUUUUUUUUUUUUGUCAUAAUCUACUUUCUGUUACGCACACUAUGUAUUUAAGGGAUCCUUUUAAAAAUAAUCAUAUAAGCCCCAGGCACAGGGUAUUGAUAAAAUAUUGUAAUUGUGUCUUAUUAGUCUACAUACAUUUUACAUCAUGGUGUUUGAAAUCGGCUGCCUGCAAACUGCAGCAGUAACUGUUCUUGUGAUGUGAAAACAAAGAGUUGUGUAUUAAUGUUUGUAUGUACUGAACACACACAAAAUAACAUGUAGUCCAAGCCAUAUCCAUGUGACCUGUUUCCUAGAACUGUGUAUGUCCACUGAUUCCAAGCCUGUACGCCACAAGGGGUCACCAAAGGGAACCAAACACAAGACAAGAUAUGUAUGACAAGACAAGAUCUGUAGGUCUAUAUAUGUAUAUAUACACAGCUCUGGGGGAAAAAUAAGAGAUCUGUUUCUCUGAUUUUGCUAUUUUUAGGUAUAUGCUUGAGUAAAAUUAAUGUUGUUUUAUUCUGUAAACUACGGACAACAUUUCUCCCAAAUUCCAAAUAAAAAUAUUGUCAUUUAGAGCAUUUAUUUCCAGAAAAUGAGAAAUGGCUGAAAUAAAUAAAAAGAUGCAGAGCUUUCAGACCUCAAAUAAUGCAAAGAAUACAAGUUCACAUUUAUAAAGUUUUAAGAGUUUAGAAAUCAAUAUUUGGUGGAAUACCCCUGGUUUUUAAUCACAGUUUUUAUGCAUCUUGGAAUAGUCUCCUCCACCAGUCUUUCACACUGCUUUUGGAUAAUUUUAUGCCACUCCUGGCGCAAAAAUUCAAGGAGGUCAGAUUUUUUUUCAGAGCUGUAUAUAUAUUAAUUAAUUCAAUUAAAAUUAAGUUAGUUUUGCACAUUAGUCAGUGAUCUCAGAUAUAAGAGGUUCAUCAUUGUUUCAUUCCUUGUCAGAUUCACUCAUCAGUUUAUGAUAACUGGUAUAUGCUGCACACAAGUUUAUACAUUCACAAAAAUAGACAAACAGACUCAGUGGGUUUGAUUACAGAAUUUAGCAGUAAUUUACAGACACUUAUUAAUAUUAAGUAUGUACAUAGUGUCCGCAUGUAGUGCAGUGGUCCUAAGGGACAUACAUUUCUGCUCGAUUCCUAUGUGUUGCAAGUUUUUAAGAAUUUGAGAACAACUGAUCACUUGUAUAAUGUUCUUCACUUGUAUAAUGUUCAAUCUUCUUCAUUUGACCUGCAGUUUUCAAUUCCUGUCAAAGUUUUUUAAAGGGUAGUUCAUAGUUAGGGUAAUAAUUAGGCAAUGAGUUUUAUGACAUUUUCAUGUACAGUAUUAACCAGUUUGUCAGUUUGUCAACAUCUCUGAUUUUAUUAUGCCAUAUAUAAAUGUCAGUAAUGGACAUGUUAUAACACUGUCAAUAAACUCAAUUUAUGUAGUGUCUUUA